AUGGCCAGCAUUAAUACUCCUGCCGUUGUGAUGGCAAUUGCAACAAGAUCAUCAGGAUCAUCAAGUAAACCGUCCGCGCCUUCAAAACCGUCAUUUUUGAGCUCAUCCACCGCUUCGUCAGGAAAGAGCUCCGGAGGUAACUUGUCAUUGAAGAGAGACAUGGAAGACCUUGAUUUUUUUAUUGGUGAUGAGGCAUUGCAAGCUGCAAAGGGCCCAUCUUAUUCGCUCAACUAUCCAAUUAGACACGGUCAAAUUGAAAACUGGGACCAGAUGGAGAGGUUUUGGGAGAAUUCUAUCUUUAAGUACUUGAGAUGCGAGCCCGAAGAUCACUACUUUCUGCUCACCGAACCUCCGUUGAAUCCGCCUGAAAACAGAGAAAACACAGCCGAGAUUAUGUUUGAGUCCUUCAAUUGCGCCGGUCUCUACAUUGCCGUGCAAGCCGUGCUUGCGUUGGCCGCUUCCUGGACUUCGUCGAAAGUUGUGGACAGAUCCUUGACCGGCACGGUCAUUGACUCCGGAGAUGGUGUUACACACGUUAUUCCCGUUGCCGAAGGUUACGUUAUUGGAUCCGCUAUCAAAAACAUACCGAUUGCAGGUAGAGACAUUACAAGUUUCAUCCAGACACUUUUGAGAGAAAGAGGAGAGAAAGAUACUUCUUUGAAGACAGCCGAACAAAUCAAACAACAAUUCUGUUAUGUUUGCCCGGAUAUCGUCAAAGAGUUCAACAAAUUUGAUUCUCAUCCAGAUAUGUUUGCCAAAUACAUUGUCGAGACAGUCAGCAAGUCGAAAAUAGAAGUUGAUGUUGGAUACGAGAGAUUUUUGGCUCCUGAAAUAUUCUUCAACCCUGAGAUCGCGUCGUCCGACUUCCUUACUCCAUUACCAAACACUGUGGAUAUGGUGAUCCAGGCUUCUCCUAUCGAUGUCCGCAAGAACCUUUACAAGAAUAUUGUUUUGAGUGGAGGAUCAACCAUGUUCAAGGACUUUGGAAGACGUUUGCAGAGAGACUUGAAAACGUUGGUCAAUGAAAGAGUUGCUCAGAGCGAGCGCACCAGUGGUUCCAAAUCGAGUGGUGUCACUGUUCAGGUGAUUUCUCAUAAAAGACAGAAGAACGCUGUGUGGUUCGGAGGAUCUCUUUUGGCUCAAACAUCCGAAUUCAAGAGCUACUGUCAUACUAAGCGCGACUACGAAGAGUAUGGACCAAACAUUGUCAGAAACUUUUCUUUGUUCAGCGUUCCAUAG